CAGUAUAUAACGUUAGCUUUCAGUCAUGAACAGAAAUAAAAUAGAAUUCGAGAAAAUGGACGAGGAGAAAGACAGCAGCCAGACCGAAAAUGAUAAAAGUGUAUACAAUAAACACGUAAAUAACGUUCUCGGACGUUUUGCGGAAAAGACGUCUAUGCAUGGUUGUGGAUAUAUCCAAUCCUCGCGACAUUUUGUAUCGAAAUCAUUUUGGAUUUUUCUUACAGUGCUCGCGAUUGUGAUCUUGAUUAUACAUUUAUACAUGAUCACGGAGCAGUUCACUCGUUGGCCGAAGAAAACAACGGUUUCUCUAGAAUUUAAUAACUUGGCAUUUCCAGCUGUAACAAUUUGUAAUGUGAACAUUCUUAAAAACAGUGAAGUUUCAAAAUACGGAAGCCAGGAAUUGCAGGCUUUGGUAAAUGCUGUAGCUCCAAAAACACUUUUAAGAAAACUAAAACCUGAUAUCAUUGAUAAUAAUAAUAACUCAAUAUUCAAUUCUACAAACAAGCAUGUUCAGGCUAACAUAAAUGUACCAACCUAUAAUAAUCACUUUCAAGACCGUCAAAUUGUAGAUUUAUUUCAAGGAAUUCUACAGGGAACAAAUUAUAUGGAACUAAAAGCUAUUAAAGCGUACUGUAAUGAGAGAACAAAGCGAUCUGUUUCUGAAUUGUAUGAUCUAGAAUGGUCACGAUUUGACAAAGGCUCGGUGACUCCAUCAAUUAGUGGAAUGUCAGAUGAUAAUGAUGACAGAGCUCCUCUAGCUCUAUUAAAGGAAAUUUUCCAUUAUCUGUAUAUGGGAUUACCAAAGUCAGAACGAGCUGCUGCCGGUCAUAACAUGAAUGACAUGCUGCUUGAAUGUAUGUUUAGUGGGAAAACGUGCAGUCCUAGUAACUUCAGGCUAUUCCAGACAGCUUCAUAUGGUAAUUGUUACACAAUAGAUUCUGAUGACAUGUAUGUAAACAGACCAGGACCUGAUGGAGGUCUUUAUCUCCUUCUAUAUCUACAAACUAGCGAGUUUAUCCCUGGACUAACGAAUGGUUACGGUGUCAAAGUUAUUGUUAACGAGCGUGGAACUGUUCCACUACCAGAUGAUGAUGGUGUUUUUGUAGCUGCUAACUCUGAAACAGACAUUGCAAUGAAAAGGACGGACAUUACACGCCUAGGAUAUCCACACGGUCAGUGUGAGACUGGUACAAAAUUUAAAGAAAAGUUUGGUGCAAACUAUAGUGUAAAGGCUUGUCAUGAAGCUUGUCAAGCUCUGCACAUUUUUGAGACAUGUGGAUGUUGGCUGUAUAUACAUGAACCAAUCAGUGAUAUUUUUAACAAACCUUUCAUCAUUUGUAACACGACAUCAGACAGACUUUGUCAGAGAAAAGCAAUGCAAACACUUUAUGACAAGAAAGUUAAGUGCGACUGCAAAAAUCCAUGCAAAGAUGUCCAAUACAGCUUUUCGAUCAGUGCAAGACAGUGGCCAUCUAAAUCAUAUGCUGACAUACUGAAAGAAGUGGUGUGUAAGACAAGUGCAGAUGAAUGCAAGGAAAUAAAAAUUUUGAACAAUUACCAAGAACUGGGGAAAAACUUCCUGCUUCUGAAUAUUUAUUACGAGACCCUGAACUUUGAAUCUAUUGUGGAGGAACCUCUUAUUGACCCGUUUACAUUUUUGUCGAGCAUUGGUGGUGCUCUAGGUUUGUGGAUUGGAUUGUCGAUGCUUAGCGUGUGUGAGAUACUGCAGCUAGCAGCUGAACUGACCAUGUGUGUCAUUACAAGAAUAAGAAAUCAAGCAACAACUCGAUAAUUUUGUGACUGUUUAGAAGAUAAAUACAAAACCUUGAAAAAAAAAGCUCCCCCCCCCCCCAAAAAAAAAAUAAAAAAUAAAAAUAAGACAACAGAUAACCCCCCCCCCCACCCACCCCAAAAAAGAACAAUAGAUAAUUACAACAACAAAAGUAUAAAAAAAAUAGCAACAACAAAAAACAACAGCAAAAACAAUUAAAACUCAUACACCCGCACGCACGCACAAGAAUUAUUCUUUGUUAAAUCCAAUGUGAUCUUUCACCAUGGGGAUUUCGAAGUUUUCUUCUAGUAUUUAUCUAUUCAUGUUUUUAAAAUUCUUUAAUGUAUGACCUUUUAUAAGAAACUCUAUACCAUAUAAAUGUUUUGUUUCUUUUCUUAGCUUACAGCACGACUCUAAACAUGUGAAUGUUUGAAGUGUCAAAAAGAUGUUAUUAUAUUUUAUGUAACGGUGUUAUUUGGUGUGUUUCUUUUUGACUUUAUUCCAAAUAAAUUAUAGGCCUAAGAUGCUUGG